AUGCGUGCCCCUUCCCCGCUCGUCCUGCGGAGCCUAUGCUCACGAGCCGGUCAACGCAACUGUCAACCAGCACACUUCAAGUUCAACACGAUUCGAAUCCAAUCAAGAUCUGUCGCUAAUUACACACACCCUCACCAUGCCUCGGCACUCUCAGUCAUCCCAACAGCAGUCGACACCUCAUCGGCCGAAUACAAAGAAAACAGCCAACAGAUGGAAGAGCUCCUUUCCAAAAUGAACCUCCUGCAUACUGAAAUCUCCAAAGGCGGCCCUCAGAAAUCUCGAGAUAAGCAUAUUGCACGGGGUAAAAUGCUUCCUCGAGAUCGGGUUUCGGCCUUGAUUGACCCCGGAACGUCCUUCCUGGAGCUCUCCCCGCUCGCAGGACACGGGGUAUACGAGGGCGAGGAUGUACCCGCUGGAGGAAUCAUUACUGGUAUCGGUACGGUGGAGGGAGUCAACUGUAUGAUUGUUGCAAAUGAUAGCACCGUCAAGGGCGGAACAUACUACCCCAUCACGGUGAAAAAGCACCUUCGUGCACAGGCAAUCGCGCAAGAAAAUCGAUUGCCGUGUAUCUAUCUGGUUGACUCGGGGGGUGCCAAUCUUCCGCACCAGGCCGAUGUGUUCCCUGACCGAGACCAUUUCGGUCGCAUUUUCUAUAACCAGGCUCGGAUGAGCUCUCUCGGCAUUCCGCAGCUUUCCGUUGUUAUGGGCCCUUGCACCGCGGGUGGUGCCUAUGUCCCUGCUAUGAGUGACGAGUCAAUCAUUGUUGAGAAUCAAGGUACUAUCUUCUUGGCUGGUCCGCCAUUGGUGAAGGCCGCUACGGGAGAGGUUGUUUCAGCGGAAGAUUUGGGUGGUGGCCAGCUGCAUUCUACUAUCUCUGGGGUGACGGAUUAUCUGGCUGUCGACGACGCACAUGCACUCAUUUUGGCGAGGCGCUCAGUUUCAAAUCUCAAUUAUCCGACCACUAAUGCACCACUGGAGCUUGGUGAUGUCGUAAAGGAACCCCUCUAUGAUCCUGCUGAACUGAACGGUAUCGUCGGUGUCAAUCUUCGACGACAGAUUCCCGCUCAUGAAGUAAUUGCACGAAUCGUCGAUGGCAGCGAAUUUUCCGAGUUCAAGCGCGACUACGGAACUACGCUUGUGACAGGUUUUGCACGAAUCCAUGGGCAUCGGGUUGGCAUUAUCGCUAAUAAUGGAAUCCUCUUUUCGGAGUCGUCUCUUAAGGGCGCUCAUUUUAUUGAGCUGUGUGCUCAGCGACGAAUUCCUCUUGUGUUCUUGCAGAAUAUCUCCGGUUUCAUGGUGGGCGCAGAUGCCGAGAAAGGAGGCAUUGCAAAGAAUGGUGCCAAGCUUGUGACUGCUGUUGCAUGUGCAGAUGUUCCCAAGUUCACAGUCGUCUUCGGCUCAAGUGCUGGAGCUGGAAAUUAUGGCAUGUGUGGCCGUGCCUAUUCCCCUCGGUUGAUGUUCAUGUGGCCUAAUUCGAAGAUCGGUGUCAUGGGCUCCGAGCAACUUUCCGCUGUCAUGGAAGCUGUUGGUAAGACUGUCGAUCCAGCUCUCAAGUCUCGUAUCGACCACGAGUCUGAGGCUGUAUUUGCCUCGGCCCGUCUAUGGGACGAUGGUGUUAUUCCACCAGCACAGACAAGAAGAAUGCUGGGACUCGGUUUGGCAGCUGCGGUCGGUGGAAAGCCAGAACCAGACGCGCAGACUAAGUUUGGAGUGUUCCGCAUGUAA